AUGAAUUGCCCCUCACGCACAGACGACACCGAAGCACACCCGGACUGGAACCAGAACCCGCAGGCCCUGAGCUCAGACCUAACGACCAGAGCAGACCUCAAUGGGAUUGUGAAUCUCAGAGAAGAGAGACGCACAGAGUCAAGUCCGGAUAAUGACGCCCAAGAAGACAUUCGGGUCAUGCCUGUCGACAGUCCAGAAUCACCCUCCCGUGUCCUCAAAUCACCCACCGCUGUCAAGGUUGAUCCGCUGGAGCAGCAGCGAGCGGCCCUUCAACAAACCCACCCUCGAGGAUUUCAGUUCUUCAGCUCCCCAAGUGCCUUUUUGAACAAGGCUAUAAACACAGCGCAAAAGUAUGCAAAAUUCGUGGGUCCGGGUUUUCUCAUUGCCGUUGCCUACAUCGAUCCAGGAAACUAUGCUACGGAUGUCGAGGCAGGCGCGGCGACGAGAUAUGCUCAUUUAUUCAUCAUCCUGAUGUCCAAUCUGUUUGCCAUCUUCUUGCAAUCUCUUUGCAUCAAACUAGGGAGCGUCACCGGGCUCAACUUGGCUGAAAAUUGUCGGAAACAUUUGCCCAAGUGGUUAACUCUUGUUCUUUAUUUGUUUGCGGAAUCUGCCAUUAUAGCAACAGAUAUUGCAGAGGUCAUCGGUUCAGCCAUAGCCCUAAAUCUUCUCUUGCACAUCCCUCUGAUUGCAGGAUGUGCAAUAACGUUGGUGGACGUCCUGAUUCUUCUCCUUUUCUACCGUCCAAACGGCUCUAUGAUGCACCUGCGUCUGUUUGAGUAUUUCGUCAUGAGCCUCGUCCUUGGUGUUAUGGUAUGCUUUUGUAUACAACUCUCAUUCAUCAAAGACACCAGUGCCGGAGAAGUAUUUAAAGGCUAUCUUCCGUCUUCGGCAGUUGUUGAAGGAAACGGUGUCUAUUUGUCCUGCGGUAUCAUUGGAGCAACAGUCAUGCCUCACUCUAUCUUUUUAGGCUCUGGUGUUGUGCAGCCACGUCUAAAGCAAUUCGAUACGCAGAACGGGCACAUUGUCGCGGGCGAGGAAUCAGACAAUGAAGAGGAGAAAUACGUGCCCUCCAUCUAUGCUAUCCGAGCCUGUCUCAAGUACUCGAUCGUGGAGCUUGCUUCUUCCCUCUUCACUUUUGCCUUGUUCGUCAACUCGGCCAUUCUCAUUGUCUCAGGAGCGUCGCUUUAUCCGGAAACAGAGGCGACAGAGGCAGAUCUUUUUGGCAUCCACGACCUGCUCAGUAAGAAUCUUUCCAAGGCGGCAGGUACUAUUUUUGCGCUGGCCCUUUUACUGUCGGGCACAUCUGCUGGCAUCGUCUGCACCAUGGCGGGCCAGAUGGUGUCUGAGGGCAUGCUGCACUGGACUGUGAAGCCCUGGGUACGCAGGCUGAUCACCCGAUCCAUCAGCAUCGUCCCCAGUAUCAUCAUCGCAGCAGCAGUGGGCAAAGAGGGCUUGAACUCGGCCUUGACUGCCAGCCAAGUGUGCCUCAGUGUCAUCCUGCCAUUUGUCACUGCCCCCCUCCUCUGGUUCACCUGUCGAAGCCACAUCAUGACUGUGAGGACGGACAACAACGGGGAAGCGGUGAAUAUGCGGAAUGGUUGGAUUGUCACGAUCCUUGCUACGAUCAUCUGGCUUGUGCUGGUAGUGAUGAAUGUGGCUUUGCUGGUGCUUGUUGGACUGGGAAAAGCGUAA